GCCUCUGCAAAGUUUAUAUUUAGUUAUUGAAACUGCCAGAAAGGUGUUGAUUCAGCUAUUUUAUUGAGGUCAUACUUGGUACUGUUUCACUGGAUUGAAUUAUAUUGACAUAGUUUGUCCACCUCAUUUACAUUCAUGAGGGGGGCAGAAUAUUACAAACGCUUCAGUAAAAGUUAGUCUCCUACAAUAUUGCAAACAAAUGUAUGGCAGAGCUGCUGUCUUAGAUUGCAUUAGAUUGUAAAGAACAGGUGUACCUAAUAAAGUGGCCCCUGACUGUAAAUCUGAACUCUGUACGAACUCUGUACGAGUGACAUUGAGUCUAUUUUCUGCUUGAUGAUGGCUGUACUUGCCAGGAGAAAUGCUGAAGGUUGUGUUGCAGGUUCUUUAUAAUCUCAUCCCAAAUAGUUGUUAAAAAAAACAACCAUGAAUUGCAUAUAUGUAAGGAUACUCAGCACUUAUGGUUGUGCUGCUUGAGAUAUUUAACUGAAAUACCUGUACAAGUCUACAGUCAAUAUAGAGCUAGACCAAUUAAGUGGCCGGGCUGAUAAAUCUGUCCACUAUUGCCUUGUUGCUGAUAUUACAGCAUUAUGCAAGCUAAUAACUGACGAGACACGUCAGUGCAGAAGUAUCAAAGAGAUGUUUGAGGUCUUUGAGAAAUAUUGUCCACUACAACUUCAAAAUGCACAUCUUGGUCACAAUUCUUUAAUGACAUUUAAGGGAUACUUAUUGUUUUUUUUUUUUGUUUUUUUUUUUGAAAAUUGAAUUUAAAAAAAGAAGGUAUUUGCCUCAAAACUAUCAAACAGGCUCUAGUCCAGUGUAAUGGGCUGCAAUGAAUCUUAUUGUAGGGAGGUUCAUAGUGUUCAGUAUUUGACACUGUCAGGGGUGUGGAUUAAACUAUAGUAGGUGGUGGAAGGGAUUGUAUUAUUAAAGUUAAUAUUCUGCCCCUUUAAUGUAUAUAGGAGUGGAUAAAUGAAGUGUCUUUAGACUUUAAGGUUUAUUAAUCUACAAACUGAUAGAAAAUGAAAUGUCUUUGUUUUGUCAAAAAUGCCAAACUGUUAUCCAUACUCUCCAAACAUAUAAUCAACUGUUAUUUCAAUUAUUUCUACAGAUAUUAGUUGAUACUUUCUCUUGGUUAUACUGGUGUCUAAUUGCGUUUACACUUAAUUUCACGGAUAGCUUUUUUUUUUGUAAUCAAGACAGAACUUAAGUGACUUGUACAGUAUAAUGCAUGUGUGUCUUUAAUGGGUUUACAGACUGCGCCAGUACAGAGGGAAAGGGUUUUUUCGUGUUUGUGGUCGGUUGGGGGAGGGGUUUUACAAACAGACCAGGCAGGAAGAGACCUGCGUGUUAACAUUUUGGCAUAAAGACAUGAAGAGACCCCUGCGGUGCUGGGGCUCUAGUUAGUCCUUUAAGUGACCGCCAUUGCAAUGAGGGAAUCGUUAAAAUAAACACACAUUCAGUAUCAAGCCCUAGAGAAACAUUUUUCACAAAAGAGCGACCCCCACCCCUCAAGAAACCAGGGUCAAAGUUCACAGGAAGCUGGGGGGCUGCCAUUUUUCCCUGCUGCUAUUGCUAACGUUUAACGUUAGAUGCUAAAACGACGGGGAGGGGCGGUUGGCGUUGGAUUUUUGUAGCUAGCUAGUAUCAACUGAUCGAAAUCGUUACACGCAAAAUCCGUCUUUUCUCCGACUGUCGUCGUUAAAAAACAUUGUUAUUGGAUGAAUUCGGCAUGGAGAAGGUAGCGGAGCCGUCUUGGACUUCUUCGUACACCUACCAGGUGAGCAAGCACAGUGCGGAGAUGCUACACAACCUCAAUAUUCAGAGGAAAGAUGGAGGCAGGUUCUGCGAUGUGAUCUUACGCGUUGGCGAGGAGAGCUUCCCUGCUCACAAAGCUGUGUUAGCCGCGUGCAGCGAGUAUUUCGAGUCGGUCUUCAGCCGCCAGACGGAGGGCGACGGCGACACCAAGGAGUUGGAGAUGCACACCAUCAGCCCGAAAGUUUUUAAAGACGUUUUGGACUUCGCCUACACCUCCAGGAUUGUGGUGCGACUGGAGUGCUUCCCGGAGUUGAUGACAGCUGCCAAGUUUCUGCUGAUGCGGUCAGUCAUUGAGAUAUGUCAGGAGGUAAUCAAACAGUCCAACGUACAAAUCCUCGUCCCGACCUCACGGGGAGGAGACGCCAGCCUUUUCCAGGCCACGGGGGCCACGGAGCUGGGUUUCCCGGUGGCACAGCAGGAUCUGGUAAACGGAACGGCAAUGCUGGUGAACGGUCAAAGCUUUGCUAACAAUGCACAGAUGCAUGUGGAUGGGAGAGAAGACGCCGCCGCCGUGUUAUUGGAGGACGGCGGCGAGUCGUCCGUGCCAAUGUUAGAGCCUGUCGAAGGACUGUCCGUUUCCCCAUCAACGGAAAUACCGGGGAACACGUUUCAUCACGACGCUGGCUCCCCGGGGUCGAAAAGGAGCAGAGGAAGACCAAAGAAAGCAGGUGGGGUAGUGGAGGCUGUACACUUUAAUCACAGCACCCAGAAAGACAAUGGGCUGUUUCCCUGCGGGACCUGCGGCAAAGCUUUUACAGAGGCUUCCCGCUUGAAGAACCACGAAGCGCAACACGGAGCCCACUCCGGCGGUGUAAACAACGUCGGUGACAGCCUGUCAACAGCGGGCGGCAUCUCUUUAAUGUCUCAACCUGGUCUGGUGGAAAACGGCGUGCAGUUACACGGAGGGCUGACGCUGGAUAACGGCCGCAAACGUGAGAGGACCAGGCGGCAUGUCGGCUGUGACAUUUGCGGUAAAGUUUUCCGCGACGUUUACCACCUGAACCGACACAAGCUCUCCCAUUCCGGGGAGAAGCCGUACGCAUGCCAUGUGUGCGGGCUCCGGUUCAAACGCAAAGACAGGAUGUCAUACCAUGUGCGGUCCCAUGACGGGUCAGUCGGCAAACCUUAUGUGUGCCAAAGCUGUGGUAAAGGUUUUUCAAGACCAGACCACCUGAAUGGACAUAUCAAACAGGUUCACACAACAGAGAGACCCCACAAGUGCCAGAUUUGUAAUGCCUCUUUUGCUACAAGAGAUCGCCUCCGGUCACACCUUGCAUGCCAUGAGGACAAAAUCCCCUGCAAAGUUUGUGGCAAGUUUCUGCGAGCUGCCUACAUGACGGACCACCUCAAGAAACACAGUGAAGGGACGCAUAACUACUGUGGCAUUUGCAACAAAGGUUUCUCCACUGCGUCCUACCUUAAGGUGCAUAUAAAGACACAUCAUGGCUCUCCACUGCCCCCUUCUGCCAUAAUGCACACCUUCCCUGAGCCAAGGGGGGAACUGCAGAUGCACAACGGCAACCCUUACCACAUGGGACGCCAGUGCUCAGUGGAAGACCUGUGUGCCAGUCGCCAGCUGCUUCUCACCUCGUCUGAGGCAGAGGGUCGCUUUCAUGGGCUCUCUGGACACCCAGUUCUUCCCCAGCCUGGCCCUCCAGCCUUGGGCCUGCAGCCUGAGCUGCUCAUGGGGAAGGCAGGUGGGGCUCCAUAUUUCUGGGAGUGUCGCUCUGGCGGGUUGCCUGGCUUCCCCGUCCAUGGGCCUGUCGCAGACGGGCAGGAAAACACGGAGAAAUGUCCUCAUCUGGAAUCAGAAGAAUCCGAUCCUUCAUAUGGGGAAUUGUCCAACGGUGACGAGCUUAAAUCUCCGCACAAACCUGACGGGCCGGAGCUUGAGAUGCCCUCUUUAGCAUGUAACGGAGCCUCUACGGGGGCAUUGGCGUCUCCAGAGGGAUCUAAAGCCAAGACGGACCCUGAGAAGAAGUUUACCUGCGGCAUCUGCGGUCAGGCCUUCCGCACCAAGUCCUACCUCAACAAGCACCAGCACAGAGUUCACAAAGCCCAGAAGGCCCAGGGAGUCUCGGGGUCGGGCAUACAUGAGCUGGCCCCUUCCCUGACCUCUCCCUUCUCCCCUCAACAAAACAUGUCUGUGCUCGAGUCAUUUGGCUUUCAGAUAGUCCAGUCUGCGUUUGCCUCUUCACUGGUGGAUGCUGAGGCAGGUCAAAGUGGAAUCGACUUUGGAGGGAAGUGACAAAUUUGCUAAAGUUUUGCAAAGCCUCUCAUUCUUAGGACAAUGCCGGGUUGCCCACAGAAGAUGCUCUGUAUUUGGGAAUAACUUUGCCUCAAGACUACUUUUUCUGUUUGUUACAUUGCUUAAUGUGUAUCUGAAAUUUUUGUCACAGACUGCCAUACGAUUCCUACUUUUUCUACUUUUUCAGAGUAUGAUAAGUGCGUGUACGGUGUUUAAAUUUUCUUUAUAAAGAAACGACAUGAAGGUUUUCCUUUUAUUUGAUGUGGAUCUGUUGAAGUUCUGUUUGGUAUGCUUUCAUUUGUUUUUGGCUUGUGUGUUAUUGAGCUUUCUUGGCUGCACAAAUGUUUCUUGACAUGAGAUGAAUUAUUUACUGCAACCUUAAAACAAGUAAUUACUUAUUGUCUGUUUGUGAAUUCUGUAUUUAUGUUGUUCUCUGCGUCUUUCAAGAAGGAUUUUGUUUUUCUUUAAAAACAGGGAUUUAAAUUGGCCUCAGUUUUGAUAGCAGGUUUUCUUUGAAUCUUUUUAAUUAUUCCAAGAAACAUUCCUAACAGGCCCACGGCACGUCAUGACAGAUUUAUUACGAGAAAUUUUCUUUGGCUUCAUACAGAACGCGUCAGUUUGCUGGCCACUGAAAGCUGUCAAUGACCUUAAUGAAUAACUUUUGACAGGAUUACAGUUAGGAAGAACUUUUAAAACGUAUUGAUAAAACUUUUAAUUGUUACAGCAUCCACACAAAGCUCAUCUGGCAUCAUAAAAGUGCCAUAAAAAUAUAAUUUCAGCUAAAAUAAAUAAGCUACCUCACAGAAGAAAAUAACACCAUAGAGCUUUGUAUAUCAUAGCAGAGUUCAUUCUUGCGCUAACUUCAUUAGAUUUAAAGAAUAAAAAGUCAGAGCAAAUUCACAAAUGAAAGCCAGCCACUCCUCCUGUCAUUUAAAUUAGAAAUGCCUACAGAAUGUCAGUCAAAAAAACUAUUUAAUAGCACCACGGCUUUCUGAUGUUUAGCUUAUGUUUUUCAGAUCCAGGUCUUUUAAAAACGCUUAUAGUCCUGUGGGUAGAACUACCUUUUUUUUUUUUUUUCAUUAUUUGAACAAAGCCUUUGAGGAGUGUUAUGAUUUACCUUUAACCUGAGCAGUAGUGAAUCUUAACCAGAGAGAAGUGUUUGGUACAUCGAUGUGAUGGCUUGAGGGAUGUGCUCUAAAUGAAGCCAAUCUACUGGCAGCUCAUUUGGAUGUGAAAAGCCGUUUAUCAUUUUUUAAUUUGAUGAUUUGUACAAUGAAAUUUUCAUACGAAAAAUUGAAGAAGUAAAGAGAGGAAAGCCAUUAUUAUUAUGAUUGAUACUGUGUACAGGAAUACCUUUUUGACAAUGAAUUUUCCCAGGAUGAUUUUUUUUUUUAAUUACCUGUACAAUUUGUCUUGAAACAUGCCUUGAGCUUGGUAGGAAUGGUUUUUGUAUCCCCCCUACAAUCACAAGGUUUCCAAUCCUUGUUUAUUAGGUAUUAAAUCAGUCGUGUACAUUAAAACAGGGACCAAGGUCAGGUAUAUUUUCAGUAUAUAUUUUGAGAAUUGUAGAUUAUAUUUUAUUAACUUAUUCAUGCCCUCUGUUUUAUGUACAGUUUUUUUUAUUGUCAAACGAAAAUCUUGUGAUAUGCUCAUUUUGAGCAUUUUUCACUCUAAAUGAUGUUUAAUGGAGAUGUGUGGUCAUGUGUGUGUUGUGCAACAGCUAGGGGGUUAGAAGAGGGAGUCGCACCCUGUUCCAUCAGCCCCCAGACUGACCAAACGUAAUGCAACUUUCAGAGUCAAGUAACUUUAUUACUCCAGUGUUUCUUCCUCUUCAUCACCUGCACUUCUUGUAUUGCUCACCCACCUCCCGUCAGAUUUGCUUGUGCCAUUAGUAGAUGACAUGUCUUGUGUUUGCACUAAUGGUCGCUAGGUUAAGGCACAAGCUAUCCAUCUGGGUGUCUUACAGUGAACAUGUGUUUAAUUGUUGAAUACAAGACGUUACUGUGAUGAAAACAAAUGGUUCCUCAAAUCAAUACACAAUGGGAACCUCACAUCCACCUUUCUGCUUUGCUUUGUUUCAUUUGAAAUCUCGCUCCACUUCCACUGUAAUGAAAAUGUUUCUAUGAUGCUGAAUUGGUUUUACAUCUUAAAAAAACCCAACAGGAUGUUAUUGGUUAGAAGAAACUGUGUGAAGAUCAAUUCCCUGUAAGUAAAGUUUAAUUUGGUUAAAACAGUCAAAAAUCCAAAUGUAGACCCUUUUGAGUUUGUUUUAUAUUGAGAUUCAAAAUAAGCAAUCACUAUAGUCAGUCAGGAGUUACAGAAAAUUGGCGUCAAAACGCUGCUGACAUUUGUGAGAAGAGAUCUACGCUAAAAUAAUAAGCACCCAAAAUAAAAUCUUGUAUCUUACUGACCUCUCAUACGACUCACACAUCAGUUGAUUAACGUCUUUCUCAUAGGUCAGUGUUUUUUCUUGUGUUGUAUCAUGAUGCAAAUCAAACCCAUCCAACAGUGAAGGGGCUUAGCAGUGUGUGUGUGUGGUGAUGGCUCUGUAAAAAAAAAAAAAAAAAAAAGUGUGUCUGUUUUUUUCUGUGUUUUCUGCUUUCUGUUUAAUUAUUAUUUGUGAGUAGUCUGUUAAAUUCAGUACAUUCCUAUAUUAUUUAUGGUUAUGUUGUGAUUGUAACAAGUGUAUAUACCAUUCAUAUACACAUUCUAUAAAAAUAUAUAUAUAUAUAUAUAUAUAUAAAAAUAUAUAUGAACCAACCAAUAUGAUCAGUGUUUGUCAGUGGUGGUCCUGUACAUAUAUAGAGCUUUCUUUCUUGUCUAUCAUGUGGAGGGUGUUAAGUUAUGGCCAUUUGAUUGAGAGUGUAAACUGCAUGUUCUGACAUGCGAGCUGAGCUAGGGACUGAAUGUCGAUCACUGGUUGGUAGCAGUAUUAGUUUCACUGUUCACCGUACUGUCACUCUGCUCUGGUAGCGUUCACACUGCCAGCUGCGCGAUUCAUGUCUUUGACCAAGGUUUUUUUUUUGGUCCUUUUUUGAUCCCCUCUGCACUAGUAUUUACUCCUGAAAAGGUAAUAAGGGUUGUUUUGUUAUCAAUUAUUUGAAAACAAGUGGAAGAUGCUGUAAUUAAAUCAUGUUUGAGUGUUUUUCUUCACUGGGAUUUAUGAUUUGUUUUCACUCACGUUGGUACUCAAGUGUAAAAGAUGUUUUCAAGGAUUAUUUGGGCCUAAAUGUUUUGCUUUCUGCUUUUGGUCUGUUGCAAAGUGCCUUCCAAAUACUGAUUGUGCACAGCAGUGGAUUAAAAAAGGUCCUCUUUUCUAAAGGUUAAGAAUUGUACAGAGUGACUUGCAUUGACACUUUUGUAUAAAAACACACACAGAAAAUGUACAAUACGUUAACUUGGUAUUUUAUCAUCGUACUCAACAAGAUUGCUCUUAAAACAUGUGAGCUACAUGUUUUGUUAUAAUGUCUUUGGACAUAUUUCAAUAUAAGCAUACUUUUCUAUAGAUAUUUGUUUUUGUACUCUGUUAUUGAGUCUCAUCUCUCUUGUUGAUACAGAGAUGAGCGUCAAAUAAAAUGCAAUUGGAAAAAGCUCCUAA